UGUGUGUGAAGCGAAACUUUUUGCAACUGCUUCAUUGUAAAUGCAAUCUUUAUCAUGCUAAUGGUCUAUCGACUGCCCUCUUGACGUCACGUCAGGGUGCGAGAGCGCGCUGGCUGCUCUCGUGCUGCUGAGGCAAUGCGCUUUGACCGCGCGCGGUGAAUGUGAGGGCUCACUUAUAAACUGCGUUUAAAUACAAGAGGAGAUGCUUUACAUAAACAUUUUACUUUAACUACGACAGACAUCGCAUGCACAGACCUCCAGACAGCGGGAUGGCUGGGAAGCCGUUCCGGGCCACGUACAUCUGGACCAACAUCAUCAACAAUCUUCAGAUGCAGGUGGAGGUAAAGAGGAGACGCCACAAUUUGAAAAUCUAUCACGACUGCUUCUUGGGCUCGGAGGCCGUGGAUGUGGUUCUGGCUCACAUCAUACAGAGCAAGGUCUGCGGAGAUGAGGAGGUUCCUCGAUUUAAAGCCGUCCGCCUCUGCCAGGCCCUCAUGGAGGCCAGGGUGUUCGAGGCGGUGGACACCAAGGUUUUUGGGAAAGAAAAGAGGCAAGCAAAGUUUGAGGACAGCAGCUGUAGUCUGUACAGGUUUCUAAACACGUCGACUCCAGGCACAUCAAGCUCAGUGACCAUCGAGAGCGGUUACGACUCGCUCAACGCACAGAGGAACAGCUAUGGUUCGCCCUACCAAAGGAAUCAAGAUACUGUGUAUUCCAGCAACGUCAAAAAGGAUAAAUCUCUGGAGGAUGUUUUAGGAAAUCUGAACAUGAACACCAUAACACCACAGAUGAUGAAUAUGGGUUUAUCACAGGACUUGAUGGACGAGAUAUGGAAACAGCAGACAGUCCUGAGACUCUUGCAGUUGAUUGAAUUGCCACUUCUGGAGAGUUUGUUAGAGGGCAAAGAGAGUCCGCGUCCACCCCUCCACAGCAUGGACAGUGACCCUGACCUCCUCUACACCAGCAGUUACCUGGACCGCGAGAUCCUAAAGGCCUUCAGUGAGGCUCAGGCAGAUAACUGGCUGUCCGCAGCUGUUGAUUGUCUGGAGUUUCUUCCCGAUCAGCUGGUGGUGGAUGUGAGCAGAGGUUUGGCCAAAUGUGCGGAGGAGACGUCCCAGUACAAGCAGCUCCUGUAUGGUGCUCUCGUGCAGCACUAUGGCCAGUCUGAAUACCCACCACUGCUCAGUAACCAUGUCUUUGACAUUCACACGGGGCUGACUGAGCUACUUGUAAAUGGUAAAGGGGUACAGGCGCUGGAGGCUCUUCAGCUGUGCCUGAAGCUUCAGGAUUCACGCAGUCGAGAGGAACUCCGCAGGUUACUGCGCUUCAUGGCUCUCGCCGCCAGCCCUCAGGAACUCAAACUACACAAAGAGAUAGAGAACAGAAUGGCAGUGAAGAGGGCGUUCUCCAACGCUAUUGUGUAUGGGACCAAACUAGCCAAAGGGAAAGUUGAUCUUCUGCUUCUUUUCAUGAUGGACAACCACCAUGACCUCUUCAAGAUUCCUGUCACAUUGCACAAACUUGUAAGUGAAAGAGUGACCAGUAUUAUUAAGGGAACAGAUCCAGAUCUCAUCACGGGUACCACAUACUGUCGUCGCAUUACUGGAAAAGAUUACAUAGAAACAGUUCAGAAAACAACCAGAGAAGAGCUGUGGACUUUGCUAAAAACUAUACACGAGAACUCGAAAUUUUCUGUGAAAGAGAAGCGCAGACUGCUUGGACAGUUUUACAAAGGCCAUCCUGAAAUAUUUGUGCAAUAUUUCGGCAACAGAAUAUCAAGUGCUUGUAUUUAACCUCAUCUUGAGGUUUACCAAUGAACUAUUGUAUGAUAUGUAAAGAAUAUUUUUUUGUAAAUAUGUAUAUUUUGUAGAAAAAGAAAAAAGGCCGUUCAGUUUUAUUUUUUACAAAUAUGUGCUUGUAAGUCCAUGUGUUAACAUAAAGGUCAAAUGUUUAAAUGAGCACAAACAUAUGUCUGUACUAAUGCUAGCUACUGUAGGAGGUGAAUUUGUUACAGUGCUUGGGAGAAACUAAAUGUUAUAUUUUUUUAUAUAUAAGAAGUCACUGGGCCCAAACUUUGCAGGUCACAGAACGUUGUCCAUAAAUCAUACAAAGUCUCUGUCUAGUCAAGACUAAACCAUAUGCAAAAAACGUCAAAGUUAAAAAACUUCCCAGACAGACGACUCUGGGCCAGGUCCGCACCAAAGUCACCAGCUUGACUGCUGUCUACAACAAAAUGAAAAAUGGUCGUCACCCUAAAUGGCCGACUAAUGAAAAAUGUGCAUCCAUCAACUCGGCAUGCUUCAAGGAAUUUAAAGAGUUCAUAUCUGGAUCAGUAAGUGGUACCAAAACUGUACCCUCAAGUUAUGAUUGUUGAUAAACCUUGCAGCCUCAUA